AUGAUGAAGUAUCUAUUACUGCUGAUCUUUAUCCGCAUUAUCCACGCUCAACAGUAUGCUAAUAAGACUAUCUUGGAGUCAUUACACUUUAUCUCGCCUGUAUUAUACAAUGCAAUUCAGUCUUCAGUAUCCGUGUCAGAAAUCGCUGGUGUGCUGGAUCAAAACAUCACAUUCUUUCUUCCAACAGAAGCAGCAUUAAACGCCUCCAUCACAUCUGGCAAGCUCAACUUUUCGUCCAAUGCAUACAACGCACUCAGCUUUUUGACAGUGAAUGGAUCUCAUCCUGCCAAUUCCUUUUCAACAAGCAGAAAAUUCUAUACCACCAACACUCAUAAUCUCAUGUCAAUUGGGCCCACGCUUUUACCCAAUUACACGAUUCAAUCUAAUCUAUUUCAGAUUUACUCUGGGCUUACCAAAGCAACUAUUGUCUCUCAGGACAUCCAAUGCUCAAAUGGCUUGAUACACAUGGUAGACAAUUUUCUGCAACCAGCCAACACACCAUUGAUUACAAUAUCCGAUUUAGCUGAACUGGAAUACAUGGAGGGGCUCCUGAAAUCACUCAACGUCUCGGAUACGGUAUCCGGCGUGAACAAAACCAUAUUAGCACCUACAAACGAAGCUUGGGCUGCUGCUAAUGGCUCCACCCUGCCGUUUGGCACACUGAUACACAACUUGAAAUACCUUGUCAUCGACGGCACGUACACCUCUGAUCUGUUUCUGAGCAAAGAGCCCAUCUCUUAUACGUCUGACUAUCGAAACAUGCCCAUUACAAUCCAAUUACAGCAAGGCAAAUUACUCGUCAACGGCGCUGCUUCUAUCGUAAAAACGGAUAUCAUGACAACAUCUGGAAUGCUCCAUCUGAUAGACACAGUCUUGUCCGCUGAUGCCAUCUUGGAAUCGACCAGAAGCAAUGCGUCAGCGACUCCCACUACUAUAAGUAGCAAUGGAAGCACAGAUGACGACAAUUCAACUAGUAAAAAAAUGCCACUCGAUAGCUAUUCCAUGGCAUCUGUUUCCUAUAGCAAUUCAGUGCACUGCAUCUACUAUUACUUGCUCAUCUGCUUGAUAUCCUAUCUUUGCUAUUUGUAA